AAAAAAGGAUGAUCGGAUAAAAAAUGAUACAAUCAAAAAUCAUAUUGAACGACAAUUGUAUCGGCAAGCUGAAAUGAAUAAUGGGAAUAAUAAAAAUUUUGACCACCGUCACCAUAGACUUCAUCAACAAUCAAAUGAAGGUCAACAAACUAAUACUAAUAAUAAACAUAAUCGAAGACAUGUAACAUUUUUGAGCAAAAAAAGAAAUCAAAAUUCAAGUCAUAACAAAUUUAAAUAUUAUGGCAGUAGCCAUUAUAAUCAUCAUCUUGGUGAUUAUGAUAAUCGAGCAAAUGUUCAUAAUAAUAUUGUUACCAUAGGAAAUACAAAUUUAACAGCUACAAUGAUAAGUAAUCCAUUUCGUGUGCAAGCAAAUAAUUUCAAUUCAUCGAUUAAUAUGAUUAGCCAUGGCAUUGAUGAAAAAAAUACCAUGAACGACAACAAGAUCAAUGAUGUGGUUGAUCAUCAUCAAUAUUCAAAUCAAUCAAUCAAUUUGAUGAAUUCCAACAUGGCCAACAUUAAUCACAAGCAAUCGAUAGAUCAAGGGUAUGAACAAUCACUAAACAUGGAUGAUGAUAAAAUAACUGACAACAUGGAAUGGUCAAAUUCAUCCAUAUUGAAUGAAAAACUUGAAUACCAUGAUGGUGAUAAUAAUAAUGCUUUCAAUAAAUCGGUCAAUCUGCUAGCCAAACGUCGUUCACCAUUGUGUUCAAUAUCAUCAAAGAUUAUCGACUACUGUCGUGUGUAUCCAAAUGGCUAUCUGGCUGAUUAUGAUCAUUAUUGUCAAGUGAGUGAUUAUUUUUAA